AUGAAUGAAAGUUAUCAAGGUAAUUGUUUUAAUUACUUUAAAAAUGUUGGGAUACUUUGGUACAUUGUUAAUCCCUAUGAAUCUGCAUUUGAAUCGGUUAAGGAAGUACCCGAUUAUCAAUAUCAGUCAUGGUUUCCAUUUUUUCUUCUCAUAAUUUUAGAGCAAUUGAUAUUGCUCUGGAAGAAAAAAAGUAGCUUCCGUUUAAACGAUCAUAUUACUUCUCUUUCUCACUGGAUGCUCCAAGAGUCUGGACGAAUAUUCUUUCGAGGUGCCGAAUAUUAUCUUUACAUUUACAUAAACAACAACUACCGGUUGAUAAAUCUACCUUGGAAUUCAUUAUGGUCAUGGUACAUCACUCUUAUAGGCGUCGAUUUUUGUUACUAUUGGGUCCAUCGUGCUAACCAUGAGGUGCAUUUUCUGUGGUCGCAACACCAAGUCCACCAUAGCAGUGAGGAAUUUAAUCUUGUGGUUGGCCUCCGGCAGUCAAUACUGCAGCAGUGGUGUAGUUUCAUAUUUUAUUUGCCGCUGGCAUUAUUUAUCCCCCCAGCGAAUUUCAUAGCUCACCAUCAGUUCAACUUGAUUUACCAACUAUGGAUUCACACGACAGUAAUCGAGGACUUAGGAGUACUCGAGUUUAUCUUCAACACCCCAAAGCACCACCGAGUACACCACGGCUGCAAUUUAUACUGCUUAGACAAAAACUACGGAGGAGUUUUGAUUAUCUGGGACAGAUUAUUUGGAACUUUUAUAAGUGAAUUGAAGGAUACCGAAAUUAUUUAUGGCCUUGUUACUUUUUAUACCAAAGCGAUGAUUGACAAAAGUUUGAAGAUGGAGACAUUUAGUGAUAAAUUGUCAGUGUAUUGGAAAGGACCCAGUUGGUUCCCAGGAUCUCCAAGGCUUGGACUGGAUGAGUACAAAAUAAAUGUAACUUCCAGGAAGAAAUACAAUCCAUCAUUAACAACCUGGAUGAAGUUUUAUAUAACACUUCAUUUUUCAAUAGCAUUUUCCAUGCACUUUUAUCUUUAUAGUCAAGAACAAGACUGGCAAUUAGUUAUGAUAAAUAAUGCAUUUGCAAUAACAUCUAUUGGUUUAUUGUUUGACCGACAUAAGUACGCAAUAGUUAUUGAAUUAAUGCGAUGCAUUUCAAACCUAGUCUUCUUUAAUCACAUUUAUUACUUUUAUUGUAUUUAUGCUUUAUCUUCUUGCUUUUGGAUUAUUUAUUUAAUCAAUUGUAAAAUACAUUUAUUGUAA